AUGAAUUUCGAAGGAGGUGAGGAGGUUACCAUGCUAUCAGUCAUUCCUCCAACGUCAAUUGCACUUGGAGUUGACCAAGACGGAUCUAAUCACAGAGACAUUGCCCCAGUGUCCCCUUCCUCACCUCAAGAUUCAGCAGGUUUUAGUGGUACUGCUGGAGGAUAUAGUGACGGAGUUUUUGUCACGCCUCCAACUGCGAACACAACUUCUAACAUAAUCUUGGCUGUUGGGACCACCUUUCAGAAUUGGGAGCACGUUGAUGAAUUCCUGGAACUUUAUGGACGUGAGCGUGGUUUCGUAGUCAGAAAAAAGCGAGUCGAAAGAGAUGAGAUGGGAAUGGUUAGAAAAAGAACCUACGACUGUGAGCAUGGUGGGAGAUAUACUCCGAAGAAGAAAGCAGCAGUACACGAGCAACGCAAUCGAACAUCAAAACGCAUCGAAUGUGGGUGGCAUAUCAAUCUUUCUUUUCCAAAGACUAGUUCUCACAUAACCGUCACCACUUUUGUGAAUGAGCAUAAUCAUGAACUCAACCUUCAGCAAACACGUGAAUCCAGGCCAUCAACGCAGUCUUCUACAACUCAGAAUGUCUCGUCCCCAAGGUACCGUAGUGUAUUAGAAGCAGCAUCCACAAAAAACCGUAACUUACCUAAAUCUGUCCUCGACGAUAUCGAAUUUUAUACUCUCCACGGUAAUUUGGGAGUGACCACUCAGCGGCAGUUAUUGAAGGCAAAAUAUCCGAAUCAUCAACUUUCGGCACGAGAUAUUGCCAGUGCCGUGCAAAAAUUUAAGGGUGGAACUGAUCUGAAGGGGACAGACAAUGACGCAGCAAAACUUUGGAUUUGGGAGUUAGCACGAAAAGCAACGCAGAUUGCAGUCGAUCAGCAAGACAACACCUUGGAGGAGCUUUUACGACAGUAUAUCAGGGAUAAGGAAGAUCGUAUUGCUAGGCCGACGAUGCAGCCUGCUCAAGAAUGA